AUGAUCGAAGAACCUCCACCAUUACCUUUUCCUUCUUUACAGAGCUUAAAAACUAUUGCAAUUGAUAUAUUAAAAUUACAAAGAAGCUUAACUACACCUGAAGUUGAAUUUCGAUUUUUUGAACCUGAAGAAAAAAAAUUAUAUAAAACUGAACAGAAAAAACCAAAUAAUAAGGCAUGUGAAGUAUGUAAAAAGAAAAAGAUCCGAUGUGAUAUUAAUGCUUUUCCCAACGAGAAAUGUACAAGAACGAACUGUCAAUGUUUACAUCAUCAUCAUCAAGAAGAAGAAAUAAAACAAGAGGAAGAGGAACAAGUAAAUCAAUUGCUAAUAGAGACCUAUUACUCUUCUUCCUCUACACAGCAUCUUAAAUUAAAUAAAUCCAUACCAUCUACUACCGUAUUUCGUAAACCGGGUUUAUUAAGCUCUUGUCAUUAUACAGGGGAAACUUCCUUUUGUGGUUAUCUUCCUGUUGUAGAUCAGCCGCCGGUGAUUAAACAAGAAUCUGAUUUCCCGGAUUUUCAGCCAGUCCCAAAAAGGCCCAUUCUUUCUAUUGAAGAUCAAUAUUAUUUAAUUGAUGUUUAUUAUGAAAAUAUGAACCCAUUUUAUCCACUUAUUAAUAAACAAGAUCUUUUAAAACAACUUGAAUGCAUUACAAAGAAAGAAGAUAGUUACCUUUCUCCCUUAUUUUUCUACGCUCUUUUUGCACGUGCCAGUCAUUUGGAGACGAAUCGAAAGGUGGUAACAUCAGAUAAUAAACAAACCUUAUUAGAACUUGGGACAGACUGUAUGAACUAUGUUUCAGCUCUUGUAGAUUGCUACACAGAUAAACCGCGUGUGAGUACAGUAUUGGCCUUGAUUAUUAUGAUAAAUCAUCUAGAGCAAGCCAAACUAUAUCAGCAUCUUACAAAAUGUUGGUUAUGGGCAGGGAAAGCUUUCAAGAUGGCUCUCGAUUUAGGUAUACAUCGUGCUUCUAUUUGUGAUGAAAAAUCUUCUUUUGGACAAUUAUGUAUCCGUACAUUUUGGCUUGCUUAUAUAACUGACUGUACGAUAAGUAUGACUUAUGGACGUCCAUCAUCUACAGAAGAAAAGGUGUUAGAUGUUACAUAUCCUACAACGUUACCAAAUGACGAAGAUGUGGUUGUACAAUGGAUUAAUGAAUUAAAUUGUUUAAUAUCUCUGAGUAAAGUAACUGCUCGAGUAGUCAAAUUUAACUAUUGUCCUCCUCCUCCUUAUAUCAUACAAGGGCCUGUAAAGAGACAUAAUGCAUUUCUAGUCAGUGUUGAUUCAUGGCUAAUUGAUAUUAUUCAUCCACAAAAGGAGCCUGAAUCACCAAUGUCUAAUUUGAUUAAUUUUAUUACAGAAGAGACUCAUAUUUCAAGACGGAUGGAAUUCCAAAAGAAACUGUUUUUAUAUAUAAAUCUGAUUUUACUUCAUAGACCUUAUGUCGAUGAUACAUUAUCAAUCCGUAACACCAGUAGUAGACCUUCUUAUGAGAUAUGCUCUUAUGCUGCCAUAAUUAUUACAGAUACAGCUAGUAAACUGGAUUACAAAGAGUUAAUGUAUCAUUCCAAGUCACCUCUAAUUGCUUAUUCUCUCAUUAUGGCUCUUCGUAUUCACAUAUUAAAUGCAUCUACUUCUAACUCUGAAAAAUAUAAUGCAAACAAAAAUUUCCAACUUUGCUUUACUAUCCUUAGUAAGUUACCUCAAACACAAGAUACAGAUUCUAUGCUUUAUGAUACAUUAUGUGAUCUUCAAAAUCAAUAUAACAAUCGUUUCUUAUCUAUUCUUGAAAUUGAAGACGAUAAACAGACAACUGCUGCUCAUGCUAUCUUUAAUUCUAAUAUAUUAGAAAAGAGAAAAGAUAUAGGCCAACAUGAAGAACCAAAUAUGUCUGUCACUAUUACUACUAAUUCAGGACCAUCAAUAGUAAUCAAAGAACAUCAAGUCGAUAAUAUAGGUCGAAAGAAAAAGAAAGCCAAGACAGCAGGUCCAGUCAAUUGUUAUCAACAUCAAUCAACUUUAAAUGAGAGUCAACAACUAAAACAAAAGAACAAAUAUAAACAGUCAAAGCCAAUUGAAAUAUGUUUACAUCCAGAUCAGCAGCUACAGAGAAAGGCCUCUUCUUCCUUUCAAAUCCCUUUUGAUCAAAAAUGUAAUGAAUCAUUCAUAACGACUGGACAUAAUAAAGAAUAUGAUGAAGAAUUUAUAAAGAAUCAAAUCUUUCAACUCUUUGAAGAGCAACCAGCUCAUUUUCAACAUAAUCAUACUAUGCCUGUAAUCGAUAAUAAUAAUAAUAGUCACAUCAACGUACACUUUACAUCCACUAAUCCACUUGCUAGUGUCUCAACAGAAUCAGCAUCACCCAUAUUAGAAUACCCUUUUAUGUUGCAACAGCAGCAAGAUAUUCAUCCCAAUAAUAGCUCAUUAAUAGCUCAAAAUAAUGUCACUACUGUAGCAUUACAACAAAAUCAAGAUACGAUUUUAGAUGAAAAUAACAUUGAUUUGACUUUAGAACAAAUACAAUUAAAUGCAGUCUCGUUUUUUCAAAGUAUUAAUCAUAUCUUUAUGGAUCAUUAUCAGCCACAACAACCAUUCCUAGUAAAUCAGUCAUCAAUCAAUGUAUCUGAUAAUACGUUUGCUACAUAUCGUGUAGAAGCACAACAAGAGAAUAGGACCGGUAUUACAAUUACCAGAUCAUCAGAUAACGGUACUUAUUCUUCAGAAACUGUCAAUACAAUAUAUCCCUCUUCUUCUACCUUUAAUACCUCCUAG